AUGUCUACGCAAACCAAAGGAGGCGCCAGCGGAGGUGGAUCCAGCGGUGGAGCAUCCGGCGGAACUAGCGGAGGAGCAGCUGGCGGACGAUCAGGCGGAGCAGGAUCGAAGGGAGCAAACCAACAAGCCUCCACACCGAGCAAGCCCACCGACGACCUGUUCGUCAUCGAUCCCAAUGACCCCCGCGACCCACGCACUCAGGUCUCGCCACUCCGAGUCGACCCUGCUAUCCCCUCUCUCCCUCUGGCGAAGUGCAAGACACCUGAUUGCACGAACAAUAACUACGUUCAAGGAGGCUACACCACCCACAUCCAACACCACCUACCUCCAACACCACUUUGCUUCUUCAUCAUGACUGGAACAAAAACCUCAGCUGCCGGCUUCCGCUGGAACGUCUUCUCCAGCUUCCCCGACGGCCUGCCUCUGCGCAUUCGGGCUGAUGCCGCCUUCGCGAACACGGACUGGGACGCUUUGCUAGAGUACGCAUCCAAGCUCCGCAAUGGCGCCGAAUGCAGACUGCUGCCGGACAUUGGUAUGGGCGCCAACAACAUGGUCCGUGUCAUCGAGUUCAACGAUGGCAAACGCUGGGCUGCUCGUGUUCGCAUGCCACAUAGCUUAACACGUGGGGGCACCACUAUGCUGUGGGAUCAAGCGAAGGAAAUUUUCGACAACGAGGUCGCUUUUCUCAACUUCAUGCGGCAAUCUUCCGAUAUCCCCGUCCCUGCGGUCUACGCCCAUGAAACGACUGAUGCCCACGGAGUGCAUGCUCCUUUCAUCCUCAUGGAGUGUGUGGAAGGCAAUGUGGGAUCGGACAUGUUUGAUAAUGAGGCGUUUUUCACGUUCCCAGAUGAGCAAAAGGCCACCUUCUUUGAUAGUGUCGCCGAGGUUCAUAACGAGGAUGGUACCUACAUCCAAGGACCUAUUCAUCGCAUUGGCGGCCCUUUCGACACGGCGACUGAGUUCUUCCAAGCAUGGGCAAAGAACAUACGCUUCGGACAUCCUAAGGGAUUAGUCGACUGGCCAGCUAAGGGAGGACGCAGUGUAGAAAUACCCGCGUCAGUAGCAGCAUUCCAGGCUGCUAUCGAUGAGCUAUCUAGCAAGAUCUCAGUCCGAGACAAAGGCCCGUUUCCAAUCUGGCACGACGACUGCGGCCACAAUAAUCUCAUCAUGGGCGAGCAAUACCGUGUGCUGGGCGUCAUUGACUGGGAGAUGGCAUACGCGGCACCCUGGGAAAUUUUUGGGGAUUACCCGCACUUCAUUGACACCAUUCCUAGACCCUUGAGCGAACCGGGGUACCCGGAUGAGCAAGUCCGUCCUCUAGAUGAAGAAGGUAAACUCAGAGAGGCACAUCAGAAGCAGUAUAUCGCCGCCGUCAUCCGAGCGGAAGCAAAGAGGGGACUGACCUUGGACAAUCAUACGUAUCUCCUUUCUGCAGCACUGCAGGACACCAAGCGACAGGAAUUGGCGACGUCGAUGGCGUUGUUCGCGUAUGGUAGAGGAGGCUGGUACCGCAACGUGACCGAUGAGCUUGCUAAGAGUCUCCUGGAGAAAUCUGAGGUCAGCGACGUCAAAGAAGAUGUUACCACCGCAUCGUCCAGUGGCACCUUCCCGAGCACGACUUAGAGCGACCAUCCACAGCGAAGUGAAUGCUCUAUCCUCCAGUACCGAUUGAACUGGGCCCUAGUCAACAUCAUUCUACAUCACUACUGGAGUUCGAGGAGUCUUUCAACCGGUUAUAGAUAUCCUUGAGACCUGACACUCUCCAUGGCAGUACGCCUUAGAUAGGUUUGGAUAAAGUUCAAUGACACUGAUCCC